GUUCAGAUGAGGAAACUUCUUUUGUGUCAACCAGGUGAGAAAAAGAGACAAAGGAAGGGUCAACUGCACUUGACAUCUUGAACAGAGACCAAGGUGGACAGAUUCAGAGAAGCAAACUAUUCCCAAUCCACGGCCUCAUUUAGAGAAUUUAUUGAUGCAUGUGAGCCAAAUCUUUUGCUACUUGAGGGAGGGCACUCCCCUCUGCUUUUAAAGCUGCGCCUGUAGCCAAAUAGCCACCUCACCUCUGUCGAGAUUUUGCCUCGACAUCUGGGUACUCAGCUUUGUCCAUCGUAGGCGACUGAAACUUUUCAGUUCCAAGAGCAGCUCUUCUUCUUACUGGAGACAAUGAGUGUGUGGCCUGGAGUUUUGGCUCUGUCUCUGGUGCUGCAUCAGCUGUUGAUCACUGCUACAGCUCAAGGGAUUGUGUAUGACCUCCUGGUGUCACCGGAUUGCUUGCCAGACUUGCUCCAAGGAAACUUAAAGAAUAAAGGGCGGGAUGAGGCCUUCUUACUCUCCUCCUUCAAACUUCAAAACAAGGCCCCUACAUCACUUUAUAGUGUCAUUAACCCCUCAGACAACAUCAAGUACCUGGAGCUCAAUGUUCAAGCCAAACUGAGUAAAGUCACUCUGCGGUAUAAGAAGACUGACGGCAGAUACACUACAACCAGUUUCAAUCACGGUUCCCUGGCCGAUGGCAAUGACCACCAUGUGAUGCUUCAUGCUAGCGGUCUGCAACGCGGGCCCCCUCGCCUCAACAUCUACGUGGACUGCAGGCUGGCUCACACACUGGAUGACCUGCCAGCUGCGUUUGGGUCCAUCCCGCGCAGUCAGAAUACAGUGGCACUUAGGACACUGCAGGGUGGCGUCACCGACAUGAAACUGGUCCUUGAUGACACCGUAGACAACGUAGCAACACUUCAGGACUGCAUCCUGGAUCAGAGCGAUCCUGUCAAGCUACUAAGUUUUCAGGCAAGCAGAAGCAUUCAGGAGCAGACCACGAUGCAAGAAUUAAAGCUUAUGCUAGCUGAGAUGAAGGACAUGCUUAAUCAGCAGAUAAAAGAGACCAACUUUCUGAGGAACACCAUCACAGAGUGUCUUCCUUGUACUGGUCUUGGUGGAGGUCCAACCAACCCAGGAUCACCUCCAGGCCCAGGCCAGUACACCAUGCCUCCUUCCUGUCCACCUGGAACGUGUUUCCAACAGGACAUGUGCAUCCCAUCUUCAACGGGAGGGUACCAGUGUGCUCCCUGUCCUGAUGGAUAUACAGGGGAUGGGGUUUUUUGUGACGACAUAGACGAGUGCCAAUUCAAUCCAUGUUAUCCUGGUGUAAAGUGUGAGAACACUGCACCUGGGUUCCGAUGUGGCAAAUGUCCUUUGGGAUAUGACGGACCAGAACUGACUGGAGUUGGACUAUCCUAUGCUCAAACCAACAAGCAGAUGUGUGAGGAUAUAGAUGAGUGCCUAAACCCGCCUAAAUUCGGAGGUUGCACAGCCAACUCCCACUGCAUCAACACCAAGGGCUCCUUCCUCUGUGGAGAAUGUAAAAAUGGCUUCACAGGUGACCAGGCGAGCGGCUGCCAGGGAACCAGGCUCUGUCCCAAUGGUCAGCCCAACCCAUGCGAUGCCAACGCAGAGUGUGUUGUGGAAAGAGAUGGCAGCAUUAGCUGUGCGUGUGGUGUUGGUUGGGCAGGCAAUGGCUAUAAAUGUGGAAAGGACACCGAUAUUGAUGCACAUCCUGAUGACCCUCUUGACUGCCCAGAAAACAACUGUAAUAAGGACAACUGUGCGCUUGUCCCAAAUUCCGGCCAGGAAGAUGCUGACGGAGAUGGGAUAGGUGACGCCUGCGAUGAGGAUGCAGAUAGCGAUGGCAUCAGUAACUUAGAUGACAACUGCUGGCUGAUUCCUAAUGUGGACCAAAAGAACAGCGACAAGGAUCACCAUGGCGACGCCUGUGACAACUGCAGAACAGUGGAAAAUCCGUCCCAGAGAGACACGGACAGCGAUGGGCUGGGAGAUGAGUGUGAUGAUGACAUGGACGGCGAUAAUUUGAAGAAUAAUGACGACAAUUGCCCUCGCGUGGCUAACCUGGACCAGAAAGACAAAGACAAUGAUGGCGUGGGAGAUGCCUGUGACAGCUGUCCUGACGUGGCCAACCCUAACCAGUCAGAUUCGGAUGAUGACCUUGUAGGAGAUACCUGUGAUGACAACAUUGACACUGAUGGAGAUGGUCAUCAGAACACCAAAGACAACUGUCCCAAUGUCAUCAACUCUUCUCAGUUGGACACAGACAAGGAUGGCAUGGGAGACGAAUGUGACGAUGAUGACGACAAUGACGGCGUCAAGGAUGAUGAGGACAACUGUAGAUUGGUCGCCAACCCAGACCAAAAGGAUUCAGAUAACGACAAAGUGGGGGACGCGUGUAAAGGCGACUUUGACAAAGACAAUGUCAUCGACAUCGUCGACCGCUGUCCAGAGAAUGCUGAAGUCUCCUUGACGGAUUUCAGAGCUUAUCAAACCGUCGUUCUGGAUCCAGAAGGGGACUCGCAGAUCGAUCCAAAUUGGGUGGUUCUCAACCAGGGGAUGGAGAUAGUUCAGACCAUGAACUCUGACCCAGGCCUAGCUGUAGGCUACACAGCUUUCAGUGGCGUGGACUUUGAAGGAACGUUCCACGUCAACACUGUAACAGAUGACGACUACGCAGGCUUCAUCUUCGGUUACCAGGACUCGUCGUCCUUCUACGUGGUCAUGUGGAAACAGACGGAGCAGACCUACUGGCAAGCUGCUCCUUUCCGAGCCGUGGCCGAGCCCGGAAUUCAACUAAAGGCGGUAAAGUCCAAAACUGGACCUGGAGAGUAUCUUCGGAACUCCCUGUGGCACACCGGAGACACUCCGCAGCAAGUUCGUCUUCUUUGGAAAGACCCCAGGAAUGUCGGCUGGAAAGACAAAGUGUCCUAUCGAUGGUUUCUCCAGCAUAGACCACAAGUUGGUUAUAUCAGGGCUCGGUUCUUCGAGGGCUCGGACCUGGUAGCCGACACUGGCGUGACACUUGACACCAGCAUGAGAGGCGGCAGGCUAGGUGUCUUCUGCUUCUCCCAGGAGAACAUCAUCUGGUCCAACCUCAAGUACAGAUGCAACGACACCAUUCCUGAUGACUACAACCAGUUCAGUCCCUCAUCAACUGAUGGUUAUGAUAAAUCAUAAAACUUCAAUUUGGGCCAUUAUAUCCUUUUUCAGAAUAUAAGUAUUGGUACUAAACGUGUCGGCAUUAUCAUCAUUCAUGCUAUUAAUAAAGAUGUUAUCAAAAUCAAUGCUCAGAUAAAUAGACCAUUCUGUACAAGUGUGGUUUGGCUUGCAAAUUAAAAGAUUGAAGCUUUAAGUCCAUCUGACCCUGUUAACACCAACUCAGAUGUUCAAACAUAAGAAUUGAUAAGAUGAAUGCACACACAGAUUGCAUUUGUACUUUGAAACCCCAAAUUUUACGAGUGUAAAAAGUGAAGUAGCACUGAUACCGAUACCAGUAUCGGCAGGGGGCGCGGAUACCGUCUACUGGCAUCACUUGAACGCAAAUGUACUGUCCUCCCCACGUGAGCUAACUUCCCAAAUCCCGGUGCAUGACAUCUGUAUGUCUUUGUCUUACAAUUACCAUACGAAAUUAACACCUUCGUCUUCAAUAUUAAGGAUAUUUACUACAACGCGUAUCCGCGAUGUUACGCUGCUCAUCUAACAUGGCAUUCACAAACGAUUAGCAUGCGUGAGCUAGCGCCUGCUGUUGUAAUGACGUUGGGAUCAGACAGGUUAAAACCGUGGGAGACUAAGCAAACUCAUGGUUUCAUGAUGGACAAUGAGUGGCAAAUUAAGAGCGCCGUACUUCAAACUUGUCCUGUUUAUGAAAGUCGAUUGUCAUAUGCUGGUGUUGUCCAGUAAUGAGCAGAAGUGACUCACUAGAUAUCAUCAAAUAGGAACCUAGAUGUCCUAUGUUAGAUCCCAUGCUAAUUCUCGCAUGCACACACUAGAUAUAAUCAAAUAGCAACCUAGAUGUGCUACAUUAUAUCCCAUGCAAUGAGCCGCGUGAGCCCAGAGCGACGCGUAGUCCAUAUGCUACAUUGAUGAAUUAGAAACCGCCAUUUCUGAAUGGAAGUUAAGCGGGCCAAAUCAAUCCGUACCAGUGACUGUAGAUAAUGCUGCAAAUACUGUUAAUUCAGUACAUGACACGGAUGGACUCAGACCAAUCAACAGUGUGCCCCACUUUACAAACAGUAAUGGUUGUUCUCAGAACUUUUACACAAAAUAUAUUCAGAUCAGUAAGAAGUGAGCACAUAAAUAUUAUGCACUAAAAUGCUUGUUUAUAUGACGGCACUGUUA